CCGGUCAAAUCUGUGGAAAGGAAAUCGAUGGGACUUUAAGUUUGACCAUUCUUACCUAAAAACCAUGAACCAAGAAGCUAUGUCAUCUAGUUCUGUCACAGUUGCUCCUCGGCACAGGACCGCCCAGUCCCCACCGCCCGGUCAGAAAUCAGCAGGGCAGUCUAAAAGCACUGAAACAGUAUUACUGAGGAACCCUCUACCAAAAUACAGCUUCGACCAAAAACCAAAGAAGAAAUCAACAGCUGAAAAAGCAGAUAGAACAAAAAAGAAAGACUCUGAGCAUGUGAUUGUUAAAACAUCUGAGCAGUUAACUGGAAAGGCAAGUUUGUGGGAUGUAAAAAAUGAAACUGACCUACAAGACUCCUUUAGAAUUGGAAAACUGGUGAAUUCAUUUCCACAACAGCCAGUAAAAACAGAGACUACUACUGACACCCCCAGGACUGAAAGUAAUGGUAAUGGGAAUGCAUCUUCUAUCAAAGACAAACCAGUCAACAAAGUUUGUCCACUAAGUAAAAACUCUGCAAACUCACUUACCCACUCAGUAAGCGACUCACUACUUGGCUUACAGACCAACCAACCAUUAAUACCUCUACCAACUUCUAGUCAAAACACACAGACAUUGUCAUCUGGCAACAAAACUGUUAUUCCCUUACCUGGUCACGAGGAAAGUCACAUGCUAACUGAGUCAGCAAAUCAUGUUCACAGUGAAACCAGUCCGGAUGAAGAGGGCUCAUUCACUGAGCUCGGGACAGAGAUUAACCAAUCAAGUGCAGGUGUUCAGGCUUGUUGCAGGUGCUCAGAGAAAGUGAAUCACCUGCAGGAAGAGAAGCAGAUGCUCAAAAAUCAGCUUGAGGUCCAAUUGCAGGUGAAUCAGGAGUUGAAGAAAUUGUUGGUGGCAUCAGUAGGGGAGGACUUGCAGCACCGGGUGGAGAGACUCACCAGGGACAAGGCGCUGAUGUCGGUUGAGCUUGGUGACUUUACCAGGAAGAUCAGUGAUGACUAUGAGCAUCUUGACCAGAUCUCCAUACAGGCAGAUAUGUGGCGAAGCAAGUACCUCGCAUGCAGGGUGAUGUCGGAUGAGGUGGCAGCCUCCAAGGCGUUCUAUGCCACACAGCUUCAUGAGUGUCAGAUUGCCAUUGAGAAGCUGCUGAACGAGAGGCACCAGCUACGGGCAAAUCUUUACGAUACUUACCGAGGUUUACAGCAGGUACAAGAAGCCUUUGACCCGUUCAACUCUCACAACUGUGGACCACGCCUUCUAGCAGGCGGAAACAACAUUCAACUUGCAUCUACCAAUCAGCACCUUACCGAGGCCAUCAAGUACCGCCUCCUGCCCAGUCAUGUGACCUCAACUAUAAAUAGUAACAUGGAUACAGACUGGCAUGAUUAUCUCACUCAGGCAGAAUCACAUGCAAAACAGCUCCUGUCCCGUGAGAUGCGGCCCGAGGAUUUCCGGUACCUCACGACCCAGACUUACCAGCUGCAAGCCCCCACUGGGUGUGCGGUGGACCGGUUCCACCCGAGUACCAACUUUGAUAACCUCACCAUGAAUGUGUGCUGUAAGUGUAAGGGAGAUAUCAGGAUUGUGUAAGAAUACUCAAUUUCAAGUGUUAGAAGAUGGAUUACAUACUUCGGAUUGCCUUUUACCCCCAAAAUCACAUUUUACACCGUUGGAUUUUUCAAUACUAUUUUUCCACACACAGCAUAUAGCAAACAACACAAAUAGGAAAAAAUCGUUUCUGUGCAUUUUUUUCAUUUUUUUACAUUUUAGCCUCAGUGGUUUCAUCUGAGUUGGUCAUAGCCUUAGGCUAUAUUCCUGAUAUCCAAAUGAAACUUGGUACUCAUGUUAAAGAUAAUUGCAAAUGUAUAUCAGGUCUCAUAACCCUGACUUUACUAUUUAUUGAUAAUGCCCCUUUUUUGAUUGAAAAACAACAGACAAGCUUGGCAUUUCUCUUUAAGCACUCUUGCUUUUGUGAAUAAUCAAGUGUUUAGUGUUUUAUGGUGAUAAUUAAAGAAGUCCAACUUCAACACAAAUUAUUUAUUAAUGAAACAACUUUUUGGCCAUUUUGUGAAGUAUCUUACAAAUUCAAGUCUUAACAUGAUAAUAUUUGAAAAUUUACAAUAUAAACAUUUUAUGGAAGUGAUUCAUAUGAUGAUUGCAUUGCGAAUACAUUGGGGUCAAUAUCAAAACUCUUACCAUACCUUUGAAUUUGUACCAUUGAUGGUUGUUGUUCUACUCUUUUAAAAUAUAUGUUCAUUAACUUUUA